AUGUCGCUUUCUUCUCGGGGCGCGAUCACGCGAAACCUGAGGCUUGACGCGAUACGAUUGCCAUCUCGAGCAUACUCUCGAUACUUGACACCCACUUUGCAGCCACGAGUUUGUUCCACGAGAACUUUGUCUUCGAUCAACUUCCUCAAUAUUGAGCAAAAGACCACGACUUCUCACCGUGCUUUCUCGACCACUCGUUUCCUACAAUCCGAAAUAUCUGCCCAGAAUCUAGUCGACAUUCUCCCUGUGUGCUGCCCGGGAUGUGGCGCAUUCUCCCAGACAAUCGAACCGAACGAGCCGGGCUAUUAUGGCAAGACUCGCAAGCAGAGACGAAAGCCGUCCAAGAAAGACAACAUGGAGCAGCAGAAUGCCGAGGCGGAAAAUGUGGCCAUUUCAAAUGCCCAAGACAGUUCAGUAUCUGAUAUCGGGGAUCUAGCCGGAGAGUCCACAGCUCCCAAGCCUAUUCAAGGCGGAGCUCUCCCAGAAGAGUGGUUCCAACCUGCUACGAGAAAUUCAGCUGAGUCGCAAAAGCAGCUCAACCAAGUUUGCGAUCGAUGUCAUGACUUAAUACACCACAACAAGGCAGUUUCCGCGCCUAAGCCGACCAUCCUUUCCAUCCGAGAGUUCCUGAACGAGUCACCUUACAAAGACAACUGUGUCUAUCAUAUUUUGGACGCUGCAGAUUUCCCGAUGUCCUUGAUCCCGCGCAUACACCAGGCACUAUCGCUCCAGGAACAGCGAUCUCGAAACCGAAGAGCCGCAAAUGAAAAGUACAUUGGCGGAAAGAAGUUGGCUACCCUCAACUUUAUCAUCACGCGCUCCGACUUGCUAGCUGCUACGAAAGAUCAAGUUGACUCGAAGAUGGAAUACGUUCGCUCAAUACUUCGCGAGUCACUGGGGAAAGCCGGAAAAGAUGUUCGUCUGGGUAACGUCCAUAUGAUCAGUGCGCACCGUGGCUGGUGGACGAAGCAAGUGAAAGAGGAGAUUUACAAGCACGGUGGAGGAAUUUGGGUGGUUGGCAAGGCUAAUCUUCAUCGAAGCCUGUUAUCCCAAGAAUUCGAGGACCAUGGAAAACAUGGUGGAGUGGAUUCACCAACGACGAUGCUACCGGUAAUUUCAUCACUACCCGGAACAACUGUUUCGCCCAUUCGUAUCCCAUUUGGCCGCGGAAAGGGUGAAGUGAUCGACCUGCCAGGCUUGGAGCGGGGUCAGCUCGAGGACUUUGUCCGCGACGACCACAAACGCGAUCUCAUCAUGGUCAAAAGAGUCAAGCCCGAGCGCUGCACCAUCAAGCCUGGCCAGUCUCUUCUUCUUGGUGGUGGUCUCGUGCGCAUAACACCCGUCAAUUCGGAGGACACUGUUCUGGCCGCUUGUUUCGUGCCCAUCGAAAGUCACAUUACAAAGACCGACAAAGCGAUUGAAAUUCAAGCCGAACAACGACCGUAUCCAGGGAAAAUUCUCAUGAAAGAAGGCACCGGUAGCUCGAUCACUUCGGCGGGGAAAUUCGACCUUGAAUGGGAUAUUACCGCUUCCAAUCUCCCCGCCUUAGUUGCAAAGGCCGUCAAAGACAAGAAGAUCCCCAUCCCUCCGCUCCCGUACCGAGUGAUGUCAGCCGACAUCUUGAUCGAAGGCUGCGGCUGGGUGGAGAUUAGUGUGCAAUGUUUACUCCCGAAGGGAAAACACAUUGGAUUUCGACCACCGAUCGAAUGUUGGAAUUUCAUUGCAGAGAAAAAGAAGGCAGAUAAGCGCAAGAGGCCGCGUCUGCGAUACCGGUACAGUUAA